CCGCGGGGGCGGCCGCGGGAGGGGCCCGGGCUCCGCCGAGAGGAACCGGGAGCGGCAGCAGCCCGCUGAGCCCCGGCUGAGUCCCGGAGCGGCCAUGCAGCUCCUGCCUCUGCUCGCCUGGGCGCUGCUGCCAGGCUGCGGGGCAGUGACGGGGCCCGGCACCGUGCAGGGAUUCGAGGGCGGUUCCCUCUCGGUCACCUGCACGUACCCGCUGGGCCAGGAGAAGAAGCCGAAAUUCUGGUGCACUCCAGGAGUAAUUUAUACCUGUGAUGAGUACAUCGUCAUCACCUCGGAGUUGAAGCCCGAGGUGCAGCGGGGCCGGUUCUCCAUCCGGGACAACCGCACACGCCGGGCAUUCACGGUGACCGUGCAUGGUCUGUCCAAGAGGGACGAGGGCACCUUCCGCUGUGGGGUGCGACUGGGAUCAUUCCGGUUUGAUGCCAGUGCUGAUGUGAACGUGAUCGUGGUCUCAGGCUGCACACGGACAGUUUCCCAGGAGGAAAGUGUGCCAUCGACAUCAAAUCCCUCCACCCCUCAACACUUGAACGUGGUCGAGCACAUCCUCACUCCAGCCAUCGGCGUGGUUCUUUUUUUGCUUGCAGUGGCUGCUGGUGUUCUGGUAAUACUCUCCAGGAAGAAGAAGAAGGCCCUUUCCGGAGCAGCCAUAGAGAUGGACAGGACUCACAGUCUGUCGCUUACAAAAGCAGAUACCUUGAACUAUGCGGACAUCAACCACGACACGGGCACAGCUGAGAGCCAGUACAGCAAUGCUGAGGCUUUCCGCCGCCUGGAAACCCCCCCAACAGAGUACAUGGAGGUCAGGCAGAGUGCUCAGCCUUUGGAAGAGGACAGAGAGGCGUUAUAUGCCAGGGUGCAGCAGCCCAUGCCGCGGCAGGAGCAGAUCUACACCAAUGUGCCAUCAGCUCCACGGGCCAGUGAAGAGCUCUACAGCACUGUGUGCAGCAGAUGAGCAAGCACCCGGCCCCACGGGCUGUUCCUGCUGCCAGCAGCACCAGGGGGACUUGCCCAGAGGACAUGGGGUUGGUGUUCUGCUCAGGCAGGAGCCGGCUCGACAGCAGAGCUGCUGCUCUCCGAGACUUGGGUGUUUCUUUGAAGCAACGUCAGAGAGGAUGAGGUUGUGUGGAGGCACAGAGAGAAUUGAAGAUAAAGUCAUCCCUUUGCA